AUGAAAUAUUACGCUAUUUUGGUGGGCGGCAACCCUGGAGUUUUUAGCAAACAGUCCAAUUGGACUAAGGAAAUUCUCGGUUACAAAAAUACUAAAUUUAGAAAGUUUAAUUCAGAGAUAGAUGCCCUCCAAUAUGUGGCAAAGGGAGGGAAAAUAGAAAAUGUGUUUGUAGAUGGAUCCUGUCGAGGGCAUAAUAAUACACACCGCAUACCCUCUGCAGGUUUUGGUAUCUACUAUGGACCUGAUGAUAAUCGUAAUAGGGCCGAGCCUUUAGAACUGGGUACUAAGCCAACCACUCCUCAGCGUGCAGAGUUCAUGGCGAUAAUCCAUGCAUUAAGAAAUGCUCAUCGAGCUUUAUUGGAUGGCACUGCUAGAAGUCCAGUUCGAAUUCUUUCCGAUUCUCCAGAUUGUGUUCACACCUAUUAUAAAUGGGGUGAUAAGUGGAAAACAAACGGCUGGAAGAAAUCCAAGGGUGGUACCAUACGUAAUGUUGAUUUAAUUCAAGAAAUGCUCAACUUGAAAGAGCAGAUAAACAUUCAUUACGCUUCCAAAGGGUGGUCCAAUAUCGAUGUAGCUCACGUUAAAAGUCAUUCAGGUAACUUAGCAAAUAAUGAAGCUCACAGAGUGGCCAACUUGGGUGCAAAUCAAGCAGAAGCUAGGAUUCGUCUGAAAUGCCAUGUUUCCAGUCUUGUAGUUACCAUAGGUAACAGAACUGAUAAGUCGGGUGAGCCAUUUAUACCUUCUUGA